AAACUGAAAAUUUUAAUCGUGUGUUAUACUUUAGCUGUAAUCAAGAAUGUUCAACGGCGUAAUGGAUCCGGAAUUGAUCAGGAUGGCUCAAGAGCAAAUGAGCCGAAUGUCUCCAUCCGAAUUCGCUAGGAUUCAAGAACAGAUGAUGUCAAAUCCAGACUUGUUAAAAAUGGCUUCUGAAAGCAUGAAAAACAUGAGGCCUGAAGACUUGAGGCAUGCUACAGAACAAUUAAAGCAUACUAAUCCAGAUGAGAUGGUUAAGAUUGGUGAGAAGAUGGCAAAUGCUUCUCCAGAAGAAAUAGCGGCGAUGCGAUCUCGAAUAGAUGCUCAAGUUACUUACGAAAUAAAUGGCUCUGAGAUCCUUAAGAAACAGGGGAAUGAGUUUCAUAGUAAGGGAAUGUAUGAUGAAGCAUUGGAGAAAUAUUCACGAGCAAAGAAGAAUCUCAAAGAUAUCUCAUCAUCCAAAGCCAGAAACUUGCUGUUGGCAUGCUCUCUUAACAUGAUGUCUUGUUACUUGAAAACUAGACAAUAUGACGAAUGCAUAAAUGAAGGGACUGAGGUAUUGUCAUAUGAUGCAAAUAAUGUCAAAGCUCUUUAUCGGAGGGGUCAAGCUUUUAAGGAAUUACAACAACUAGAAGAUGCUGUUUCUGAUCUAAAGAAAGCCCAUGAAGUCUCCCCAAACGAUGGAACCAUUUCUGAUGUUUUAAGGGACGCCAAGGAAAGGUUAUCAACGCAUUCAAAUGGAGGGUUGGUUAUUGAAGAAUUGGUGGAAGAUGAGCAGAAAGAAUUGCUUAAAAAUCAUGAAAAUUCUGAAUCACAAUCACAAGAUUCGAUUACGAGGCAACAUGAAACCCGCAAUCAGACUUCAUCAAAUAAUACAACAGAGUACUUUCAGAAUUUGAAUACUAAUCCAGAAUCAAUUAGAUCAUUCCAGAACUUCAUAUCUCAUGCAAACCCCGAGACUCUCUCUGUUUUGGGUGGUGGACAAGUGGAAGGUAUAUCUCCUGAUAUGAUUAAAACCGCUACUAGUAUGAUUGGAAAGAUGUCUCCUGAAGAACUCCAAAGAAUGGUUCAGUUAGCUUCUUCCUUCAAAGGGGAGAAUCCUUACCUUAAGAAGAAGGGAUCAUCAAACUCAAGCUUCGAAUCUUCGUCCAUUCCCACUGAUAUGAAUCCUGAAAUGCUCAAUAUGGCAAGUGAUAUGGUGAGUAAGAUGUCUGCAGAUGAAAGACAAAAAAUGUUUGAAAUGUCGUCAUCAUCUUUUAGAACCAAUGGCUCUGAUUCUAUGAAAAUUCCGUCGUUAGACUCUAAUGAGUUUAAAGCAGAAUCUGGAUCAAGUUCUUCUGAAGCUCGGGAAAUCUUUGUUGAUGAUGAUGAAGUUGGAAGUAAUAGUUCAAGCGGAUUUUUGGAGUCGAGAAAUGUUAACAAUUCUGGCUUCUCCAACCCGACAACUGAUUUACAAGAUCAAAUGAGAAACCAAAUGAAAGAUCCGGCUAUGAAACAGAUGUUCACUUCAAUGAUGAAAAAUAUGAGCCCGGAUACAAUGGCAAGCAUGAGCGAACAAUUUGGUUUAAAACUUUCCAAGGAGGAUGCCGAAAAAGCUCAAAAGGCCAUGUCAUCAUUGUCUCCAGAUGACCUGGAUAGAAUGAUGCGAUGGGCAGAUAGGAUGCAGAAAGGAGUCGAGGUGACGAGGAAAACAAAGAACUUGAUAUUAGGAAAACCCGGGAUGAUUUUUGCGUUUCUUAUGCUCAUUUUGGCUGUUGUUCUUCACUGGCUGGGCUAUAUCGGAAAGUAGCGACAAUUAAUGGGGAAUUGUUUUCUGUCCCUUUAUUGCGAAAAAUAUGUUCAAUUUAGUUGUGAUGUGUUAAUAUUACUUUUUUUUGAAAUAAAAAAUUUAGGGUUCCAUUUUGUAGCUUUCAAAUAUUAACUUGAAAGUAUAUAAAAAUCAAGACUUCAUUUUUGC